GAGUAUGUAUUUUUCAUUCCCAUGUUGUGUGACGCAUAUAAAUACUCAAUUUACUUCAAAUUAUUCUAAUAAAUAAGUAGUUUACUUAUAAAUUGUGAUUAUCAGUGAAUUAAAAAUAAUAUAUACUUUACAUUUAAAGAAUUACACGAAUUGAAUGUAAUUUUUUGUGUGUUCAAUGUCAUUUCGAUAUUUCUAUAAAUAACCUCAUUGUAAACAUGAACUUCAUUAGAUUCUAUGAAUUACUAUCGAAUAAUUUAUGUGUAAAAAGUUUGUACAACAAUCUCUAACGUUAUGACCCUUUCUACGGAGUUGAUUAGAAUGGUUAUGUGACAUUAUCUCAGUUAAAUCAGAUUUAGUAUUCUUAAUGGAGAAGAAAAGCUACAAUUAGUGAUUUCAACAUUUAUGAAAAAAAAACAUGCAAUGGAGUCGAAAAACUGUAAUCCAUAUGAGCAGAGAUUAUUAUCCGUUUACGAAAGCUGUUUAGAGAAAGGAGAAUCACAGUUGGGAGAAAAAGGUCUGAGAAUUCUCUGUGAAAAGCUUCAACUUGAAGAGCGUGGGACUGAAUUAAUUUCUAAUCUUUUAAAGCAAACUCCAACAAAAUAUACUAUUACCUUUGAAGAGUUUCGAAAUGGUUUGGUCAGUUUGUUAGACGAAUCACGAGAGGAUGAGAACAGUUUUCACGAUAAAGUUAUUGAUGACUCAUCAAUAAUGACUACGCUAAAGUAUGAAGAACCAACUAUACUAUCUCCUAUUCACAGAAAAAUCGGGCAAUUUUAUACUAGAAAUGGUAACAGAGAUGCUAACACGCUGAUAAUCAAUGGAGGGGUGUUAAACCAUAUUGAUGAGUCGGAAAAACAAAUGCUCGGUCAGAUAUUUCAGAAACUUGAUGUUGAUUGUGAUGGAUUGAUUUCAUUUAAUGAAUUUAUGUUAUUAUUUCAAGACGCUCAGAAUCAUGAAAAUCACUCAAUUCAUGCUGAAUGGGAAGAUAACUCUCCCGAUGAAUCGACAUGCGGGAAAAAUAGCCUUAAUAUACUUGGACCUGAUCAUACUGGUUAUAUUGAUAGUCGCAGUAUUAUAAAUCUAUGGCAAAUGGCAGGAGUUGCUGAUGGAAAAGCGUUAUUAAGGGAUCUCAGUUUUAAUACGGAUCAUAUCAAUCUUUCAGAUCUCCUGCAUGUAUUAAAUGAAGAAUUAAAGAGUUUACAACAUGAGCCAAAAGAUUCUAUUGUAAUAAAAACACAUGUAGAUCUUUUACGAGCAACCGUAGUGCUUUAUCAAGAAGAAGUUAAAUCAGUGAAUGGUUUAAUAGAUCAGUUAACAAAAGAAAGAGAUAAAUUGAAGGUUGAUGUUAUGGAAGCCAAUGAAAGAGCUGAUAUUCUUGCAGCAGAAAUAGAUGAAAAUCACGCAAAACUUGAGAAAUCUCGAUUGGAGCAAAUAAAGAUUCUUGAGAAUAAACAUGCAGAGUUAAUUAAAGACUUAACUUUACAACAUAGCUGCGAAAGGGAUGCUCAAAUGGCUACACUUAAAUUAUUAAAUGACCAACUCCAAGUGUCUCAGCAUGAGGAGCAGCAGAUUAAAAAUAAAUUAGCUGAUGCUUUGAAUGAUAAUCAAACUCUUGAAGCUGAUAAUCAAAAUCUUUCAGAUCAAGUGACUAAGCUCAAGAUAUCGAAUAAUCAAUUGUUAAUGCAGGUUCAAGCAUUAGCUGCUGAAUGUGAUGAAGCUGAAGCAAAUGAUGAAAGAGAAAAUGAACAGGUGAUAUCAUUAGUAGAUCGAAUUAAAAGACUUCAGAGUGAAUGUGCGUUAUUAAGAGACCAAAAUGAUGAAUUAACGUCAGAGUUAGAAUUAUUAAAAUCUAGAACGGGAGAUAACAGAAAAUCUUCAACAAUAAUUUCAUUUUCAGAUAGUGAAGAGUCUAAUAGUGUUACUGAUUAUGAACCACUUGCAAAACAAGUUCCUGAGUUUAAAAAUUUAGAAAAAUCUAAUCUUCAAGAUCAGUUAUCUUUAUCAGUUAAUUCAUGGUAUCAAAGUUCCAACGAACUCGAUGAGAAAAAAAUUUCAAAUAUUUCUCAAACUCUAGCUUCAAUUAUUAGUGAUCUUAAGACGCUUACUGUAGAUAACAAAAUUUGUACAUUAGAUUGCGCAUUAAGGCGUAACAUUUCUGAGAUAAUUAGUGAGUUAGAAACACAUGGCAAAGAAAUAAUUGCAGAAAAAAAAGAAGAUUCAGAAACAAUCGAAAAGAAUGAAGAAGAAGAAUGUGAAGAAAGAGCAAGUGAAUCACUUCGAGAUUUUGUUGUAAAUAGAAACGAAAAAUCGAGGAUUUUAAUUAUGUCUUCUCAUAGUAAUGAUGUUAUAAAUAAUCUUGAUAUUUUUAAUUCAAAAAAUAAAACUUCACGGUUGAGAGACUAUCCACCGAGAAGAGAAGAAAAUCAAAUCGAGCAGGUCAAGGUUGAAGAUAAAACUAACGUUAAUAUAAAUAAUACAGAAAGUGAUGUUGUUGAUAGUCCACAUAAUUCUGAUAGUUAUGAUAUUGAAGUAAUUAAAAAAGAUAGAGAUCGAUUAUCUGCUCUUCUUCAAGAACAAGAAACAAAACAUAAUAAUGAGAAAAAAAUGCUUCAGGAACAAUGCCAAAAACUUGAAAAUGAUUUAGAAUUAUUGAAGAAUGAAUAUUAUCAGUGUGAAGAUUAUUGGGCUGGAAAACUUGAAGAAGAGAGACAAAUAAUUGAACAAGAACAGAAAGUGACAGACGAAAAGCUCUCGGAAUUGAUUUCAAAAAUUGCUGAAUAUGAAGAACAGUUUAGUGCUGGUGAUAAGAGCCGUACCAACGGUAGACUGUCUCCAAUUGAAGAAAAAUUCAGUCUUGAACAGCAAUAUGUGGAUCUUGAGAAGGAGUUUGAUGAAUAUAAAAAACAUAUGCAAGAAGUAAUAGCAGAAAAAGAUAAAAGAUUAAAUAAUUUAGAAGAGGAGUUAAAAAAGUUCCAAAAAGAAAAAGCUGAUUUAAGCGUUCUAUUUUCUGAAGACCACAAAUGUAAAAGAACAGCUUACCAACCAGUUUACCAGUUUCCUCAAAGAGGAAAGCUUAACAAAAUUGCUGAACACUCUACUUCCAAUGAUGAUAUAUUGUUAGCUAAUGCUUUCCAUAGCGUUAUCUGUCAUAUAUGUGGUUCUUAUACUUCACCAAAAGAACUUUCAAGAAUGCAAGAUAUUGCUCAACGGCUUGUUGAAAAAAGAGUUGAGAGUAGUCUUGAGUGUAAUUCUCUCAUGGAGAAAAAGGAACGUUUGAUCAAAGAAUUAUUGAAUGCAACUAAUUUUUCAACUAAUCAACAAGGAUUAAGAGCGAAUAUCAAGACACUAGAAAAAAGGCAGAAAAGUCUUCGAAUUAGUUUAAAACGUUUGGAAGAGCAUACAAAUAAAAUAAUUGAAUACAUCUGGAAACAACGUGCUAGUGAGGUAUCAAAUUUAAAGCACAUGUUGAAUGAAACUCAAGAAUCUCUUGCUCAACAAGUUCAGAUAAAUACAAUAAAUAUGGAAAAACUCGUUAAGUCGGAUCUACUUUUGAAAGAUUUAUAUGUAGAAAAUACACAUUUAAAAGCUAAAGUUGAUCGUCUUGGAGAACGUUGCCAUAUGUUGGUUAAUAUUGAUUCAAAAUCGACGUCUGUAUGACCAUACGUUUAUUGUGCUCCUUUACUGUGCACUGUUUAGGAUUGAAUUACAUUCCGCUCUCUUACGAUUGAGAGCUACACUGAAAAAAAUUAUGAUUCAUCAAAGGAAAAUAAGUAUUGCACAGAUUUAGCCAUUUCUUCUUAAGUAAUUUCAAAAUAAAUAUUUCACUCUAAUUAUUAUUUUGUUCCAUUUAAAUUUCAACAGUUCUUUCUGUUUUAAGUAAACUAAUUUAUUUUUUUGUUAAUUAAAAUAUAUUCCUUGUUAUUGAGAUACUAAUGUAAUUAAAUGCUCAACUGUAAUUAUCAUUUUUCUUAGGUUUCGUUUCAACCACUUUCAUAAUGAAUUUUUUUUUUUCACGUCAAUACUUUUAGAUUAAAAAUUGUUAACAAAAUAAUUCAAAAGAAAAAUUGUCAAAUUAUAAAUAUUGUUAGAUGGUGGAGUAGUUAUUGAAUUUAUACAUCAUGUUGCCAUGUUUCUUCAUAAAGUGGCUAAUAAUUAACAAUACUAUCAUCGCCUUAUUGAAAUAACAUGAAAUAAUGGGUGCUGUUUAAUGAAUUUAUUUGAUAAUCAUAAAAAAAAAGUGAAUUAAAUGCCUUGAAUACGUUAAGAAUUUCAUAAUUCCAUAAAUAAUCUAAUUCCAUCCGAAAAUUUAUUGCUGUAAAUGGUAUUAUUAUAUUAUUAACAGAUAAUUCAUAACUAUUUUGAUUAAUUUCGUAUACAACUGGUACCAAGAAGGGAAUAAAAGUUUCUUGGAUGUUAAAUAAUUGAUAUUUUGAUACAUUUCGUGAUUUAUAUUUACAAGAAUAAUACGAUUAAUUCAUAAUUGUAUAAUAUUAAGUUGAAGUUUUAGAUGAACUUCAAGCUAUGUAUUAAUGAAUUAUUUUUAAGUCAUUUUAUAAAUAAAUUCAUCAUUUGAAUAUUUAACAUUGUAUAUUACGCCACCGUGGCACAUUACUAUGUUAGUUCAAUCAAUAAUGAAUAAUUAUUGAUUUAUUCAUUAUUCAUUAAUGAAUUAUUAUUAUCGAGAAACGCACGAAUUCCAAUAUAAUUCUACCAAAGAAAGAUAUGUGCGCAGCUAGAUAAUGAAAUUAUAAUUUAGUUGUUUUUUAGUAACUAAGUUGUAAUUGAAAAUUAAUGUAAAUAUGACACAAUAAAAAUUUAGAAAUCAUCCGAGUUAAAAGAUAUGCUAGAGAAUUGUCCACAUGAUCUGGCACUAAAAAUGUUGUAAUUUCUAAAAACUAUUAUUUACAAUAAUAAAUGUUCGACUGAAUAUAAAUAAAA